AUGGAUCCAAGACGGUCGCCAGCACUUUACCCCAACCAUCACCACAACCACAGCGCUUCGGCAUCGCGACCGCAGUUCCCUCCGUCGACGCACGCACCGGCGCCUCCCGCGGCCGCAGCCUCGCAUCGUAUCCCCAGCCCAGCCUAUGCCGCGCAUCAGCGACGCAUCUCCGACGCGCCCUACCACCGCCCUUCGCACGCCGUCCGCGACUAUCCUGCAGAGCCCAGCCAUUCGCGCGCCCAGAGCGCUUCGUCGCUGCCCACCGCCCGCGAGCUCAGUCGCAACAUCAACAUGCCGCCGCCCUCGUCGCCUCCCCAGCAGCCGGGGCCACAUUCGCAGCAUCAACACCAGCAUCAGCACCAGCACCAGCAUCAGCAUCAGCAUCAGCAGCCACACGUCAUGGGAUACGCACCGCCUCCGCCCCGGCCUCCGCCAGUCGCUGUCGGGCCGCCAAGCGCUUUUCCCUCUGGCCGUGAGCUGCCCGCCUUGAGCUCCAUCGCGCGGUCUGGCUCCGUGUCUAAUGGCGGGAGCUCCAUGUCGAUUUCGUCCAUGCUCGGCGGCCCUCCUCCGGCCUCGCGAGAUGCCCAGCCUCCAGCUUCAUCGGCGCAGCACUACUCUUCGCACUCGGCUCCCACGUCGGCCUCGACCUCUGGUCCUGGCUUCGCAUCAGCUAUCCAAGCCUCACCUCGAAUGCACUCUGCAUCCUCCGAAUACCCCCCCUUCCGACGUCCUCAAACCCCCGAGCUUCAGCGACCAUACGAUCCUCGUGUCGAUCCCCGAGUCGGUGCUGCGCCUUCUCCCCGAGGCCAAUACGCUACGCCCCCAGAAGUCCAACGAUAUGGCACACCACAGCAACAGCAGCAGCAGCAGCAGCAGCAGCAGCCGCUGCAGCCACAACAGCCAUACCACUCGCGGCACCCAUCAAGCUCGGUCGACCCUUCGAGAGAACAAGCGAGGAUACCGACAGGGCCACCUCCUGGUCAAAAUGCUGCGCAACCAAGACCGUACGGAGCCAUGCCGCCACGGCAGAUGGACAUCGGGAGGGCGCCAGGGCCAGAAGAUGCGUAUGGCCGCCGGGAGGAAGGCAUGCGGCCCGUACCAGGUAUGGAAUACGGCGAUAGGACCGGCCUGAGACCUUAUCCCUACGACGAUCGCUACAGGGCCGAGCGCGAAAGGGCAGCUACGAUUGGAUUGGAGCAACAGCAACAGCGGGAGCGAGAAGGCAGGGAGCGCGCGUACUCCGGAGGCGAUCCCAAUCGACCACCUCCGCCGCCACAUGAUCAGGCGCAUCGCGAACCCCCGGUACAUCAAUCUGCCCCCUACGGCCCACCCCCUGCCGAACUGCUCGACCGACGCGAUCCUCGGGACCCUCGCUGGGGACGACCCGAACCCGAAGUCAACUACAGAGCCGCAACACUGGAGCAUCAACGUGCUCACCCAGACUAUCCUCCCGCCUCUGGACCAUAUGCACCUCAUAAUCCUUCAGCAUACCCGACAGCGCCUCCCGAGAGAUUCCCUCCAGCGCCACAUCCAGCCUACCCCCCCAGCUCGUCUGGUGUUGCCGGCCCGCCUCAGCCACACGAGUCUCCAGACCGCGCGCGAAUGGAGCUUCACCACUCCCAACAGCAGCAGCAACAACAGCCACCUAGACCGCGACCUCUCGAUGAAGCGCCCCCGCCUCAUUCGUCCGCGCCCUUUGGUGUUGCUGGCGGCCAUGGCCACCAUCAGUUCGAUCCCUUACGAAACAGAAAUGUUGACGACCCGUCGGGAGGAUCUGGAAUCCACCAACGCAAUCUGCUCGCCAUCCAAGAGAUUAACCGUAAAGGGCGCGUCUCCCCGCUCCCACAAGCAGUUCAAGGCGCGCAGCCUCAGCAGCCGGGACCUGCUGCAGAGCCAGGCAUUAAGAGUGAGUUUGGCCGCAUGUUUGCGGGCAUAGGCAGCGGUGUGGGCAGCAUGGGCGGCAUCUCAAGCCCUGUUACGUCUGCACCAAUGGCCCAGUACAUUAAUGCUGCGCUGGCCAAGCGAGAAGACUCUGAAAAUCCAGCACCAGACGCGGGCCCAGAUGGCGCGACCAAGGGUAGGGGCAGACGGCGCAAGUUGAAUACAGAAGAGAGUCGUGACGACGAAAGCUCGGGCAGAUUGACGCCAGUGGGGCGUGGCGCGAAGCGCAUUAGGGGACAUGCGCAUCACCACCACCACCACCACCAUCAUCACCACCACGCGCCCGAAGGAGCGGCCUCUCCGACUGUUGGAAUCACCACAUUCAAGAACUUUAAAGGCGUCACUCCGACUACUUCACCGACGGAGAAGGCGCCGGCUGUAGCGCCCCAUCAUCACCACCAUCACCACCAUCAUGCCGCGAGAACAACGCAGCCAGCCCAGGCUCCAAAGGCCGCUCAGAGUCCUCCAGCGCCACUCCCACCAAAACCGCGAACGAUUGUGUCAUCGAAAGCUGUGCUGGAGCAGGUGGCUCGCCAACCCCGCCACCACCUGGGCGAUUUCAUGUAUGAGCCCGAACUGAAAGCCGGACGGCUGCUCCCGCAUACCCCCACCCACCGGGGCUUCUCGUCGAACCCGAAACCGCUGCCGUACGAUCUCAUAAAGGGCAAAGAAAAUUGCACUUUGACCGUCAAAGUCUCGCGCAUCCACCUGUCUUCGAUUGCUCGAGAGGAGAUUACAUCACGAGCGUUUUUAUGGGGAACAGAUGUCUAUACUGACGACUCAGAUGUGGUGGCAGCAUGCAUUCACGGAGGAUGGAUCAAGGGAGAAUGGACCGAGGACGUCGACACGUCUCUGCUGGACUUGGAUCAAGGUGCGAAUGGAGAGACAAAGCGCCGAAAAACUAAGAACCAAGAAAGCGAGCCCACGAAUGCCACAUCCGAAGGGCUCAUCUCCACGCCUCCCGUCGCUGGUCCAAUGGCCGUCCCUACCGAGCGCGACCUACACGUUACUGUUUUGAUAUUACCUCGACUGGUCAAAUACAGCGCCUCUACACGCUAUGGUAUCACAAGCCGAGAAUUUGGCGGCGAAUACGGAUCUCGACACGCUGUUCAUGAUGGGCUAAGCUACAUGGUCAAAAGCAUCCGCUGGGUACAGAAUGGAGCUCAGCCCCAAGCUCGACUGCGCGGAAAGGGCCGACGAGAGCGCAUGAGAGAGCAGGCGGUCAAUUAUAUAAUGAUCACAGGAAUGACCAAAAGCCUGGAUGCUAAGCCCAGCCUAGGCAGCGAGAUCUCUGGCAACUGGGUGAAUAGAAACCCCACAGACGAUUCUCUGGACGCUAAGCGCCGACACAGCGAAGGCGACAAGGAGAACCAACCCGAUGAGAAGAUGAUCGAAGCCCAGUCUGAGGGACACGACCAAGACAAGGACGUUGAGAUGGGGGACAUGGGAAAUGAAGAAAAGGUGGCUGCUGUCGAAGAAAAGUAG